AUGAAUGCAUUCAAUCCAUCGAGCCCAACUUAUGGGCAGUCAGCCACAAUUGACGCGCCCGGGUCAAGAAUGAUCAGAGCAGCCAGCACACUGUAUUUCGCCUAUGGGAGCAACUUGCACCUCGCCCAAAUGGCUCAUCGCUGCCCUGGGAGUGUCUUCAAAGGAAAGGCUACUCUUGAGUCAUAUCGCUGGCAGAUCAACGAGCGCGGUGUUGCCAACAUCGUUGAAUCUGGAAGCGAUGACUCAGUCGAGGGCCUUCUCUACAUGAUCGGUCCCAAAGACGAAAGGACCCUAGAUCGCUCCGAAGGAGUGUCGAAAGGCUUUUACCAGAAGUAUCUGAUGAGAGUUUCGUUCGAACCUCACCAACAGUACGCGAAUUUCAAGACUGGUCCGUUGUCCCAUCUACUUGAGCAGCGCCGGGACGCUAUAAGCGGAGAUGGGACUCACUUUCCCAACAAUCCCAAUCGCAAAGUGAGAUUCAGUGCACCACCCCAUAUUGGCCCGGCGUCCUACAUGGUCGGUGACGAGACUUCAGGGCGUCAUGCACGUACUGAGCAGGUCAAAGCACUGGUGUAUGUUAGCGAGGACUACGUUAACGAUGGCUCGAUCAGAGAGGAGUACAUCGCCAGGAUGCAGAAUGCCGUCAAUGAUGCAGUAUCACUGGGGGUCUCGAAGUCAUUUGUGGACAAAUACAUCGUUCCGUUUCUUGACUCUGAGCAAAUUUGGCAUCUAUCAGGGAGGGACUCGAGGGAAACCCAUCAUGAACAUCCCAGUAAGCUACUGGAACUGGAACAAGAGCCAGAGGUUCAGGCUGUUGUCAAUAAAGAGCCAGCUGAAGAGCAAGUCAAAGACAAGCUCCAAACUGAGAACAACGUGGUGGACGUCUCAGAAUCAACGACUGAUGAAAAGCCGAGUGACGUGGAGAUGAACGACGAAGAGAAUCAAGAAGCGCCGCAAAAUGAACCUAUGGACAAGGAGAAUGACCUGUCUGACCAUGUUGAUCUGUUGGCACUUAUAAAAGAGAACCGUGACAGCAGCAGUGGCUCCAGUGGCAUUUUCCCCCCUGAUAUGUUGGAAGCUGUUGACAAGGUCAACCAUUCCGCCAUUGAUGGAAGUGGGAAGAAUAUAUAUGUUGUUAUUGUCAAACAGAAGGACACAGAGGCUAAUUCUGGCUUCAGCAUCGCCGCAGCGUCAAAGGGGAUCCGCUUGGCUAAUGAGCUUACUAUGAAGGAAUUCAGAGAGAUAUACGCAUUGAACACUAAGCCAGUGGUUGAGGAAAGUGAAGAGCCAGAUGUCGUGGUUGUCAAGGAGGGCUCUCCAGGUGAGUUGACGUGGACGCUAGAAGAGGAUGCAUACCUUCAUCUCAGCAGUGCAAAGCCUGGAGAGGAGCCUUGGCUGAUGAUAUGGGUGGAGCCAAAACAGUUGAUGGAAUCCCGUUAG